AAAAAUGGCAAAGGCCAGUGUGUUAUUAGCGCAAGAUGAGUUCAGCUGUCCAAUCUGUUUGGAUCUCUUUAAAGAUCCAGUUACUAUUCCCUGUGGACACAGUUUCUGUAUGGAUUGUAUCACAGACUGCUGGGAUCAAGAGGAUCCAAAGGGAGUCUACAGCUGCCCACAGUGCAGACAGACUUUUACUCCAAGGCCAGUUCUGGGCAGAAACACAAUCCUGGCUGACGUGGUGGAGAAGCUGAAGCUUCUGGGACUCCAGUCUGCUCCUGCUGCCCACUGCUAUGCUGAGCCUGGAGAUGUGGAGUGUGACGUCUGCUCUGGGAGAAAGCGAAAGGCUGUCAAGUCCUGUCUGGUGUGUCUGUCCUCUUACUGUGAAACUCACUUCAGAGCUCACAACGAUUUAAACCCAGGCAAGAAACACAAAGUGAUUGACGCUGCUGGUAAACUGGAGGAUCUGAUCUGCUCUCUGCAUGAUAAACUGCUGGAGGUCUUCUGUCGCACUGAUCAGACGUGCAUAUGCAUGCUGUGUGUCAUGGAUGAACACAGUGGACAUAAAACUGUUUCAGUCGCAACAGAGAGGACAGAGAAACAGAGAGAGCUGGGAGAGACACAGAGGAAAUCUCAAGAGAUCAUCAAAGAAAAAGAAAAGCAAUUCCAAGAGCUCAGACAGGCUGUGAAAACUCUUCAGUGUUCUGCUGAUGCAGCAGUGGAGAACAGUGAGAGGGUCUUCACUGAGAUGAUCCGCUCCAUUGAGAAAAGACGCUCCGAGGCAACGAAGCUGAUCAGAGAUCAGGAGAGGGCUGAUGUGAGUCGAGCUGAGGAACUCAUGGAGACACUGGAGCAGGAGAUCGCUGAGCUGAAGAGCAGAGUUGCUGAGCUGGAGCAGUUCUCACAAAGAGAAAACAACAUCCAGUUUCUCAAGAGUUUCCAGUCUCUGUGUGCCUCCACUACAUCUGACAAGUCAUCUACGUGCUCAGUGCAUACAGAUGUGCUUUUUGAGAGAGUGAGUGACGGCCUCACUCUGCUCAAAGACAAACUGCAGGAUGUGCUCCACCAGGGACUACAGGACAUUGUGAAAACUGGUGAACAAAUCAGCAUUUUCAGACCUUCAGAGCCUGUGACCAGAGAUGAUUUCCUCAAAUAUUCCUGUCAGCUGACUUUGGACCCCAACACGGCUCAUAAUAAGCUGAUACUGUCUGAGGGAAACAGGGUUGUAGAAUUUGGACCAAUGGAGCUUAUUGAAGACCUCUCAGCCGCCCCUGCUCAGGAACUGGUGGAGGAGUUUAAAAAGGCCUUUGAAAUCCUUUUGCACCUUGCCAAGGGUGCAGCACACUCUAGUGGGAGAUCCACUGCUUCACUGUGGAUGACACAGAGGCACCUGGGUCUGGCUCAGUUGAAGUGGCCCAAGCAGGACAGGAGCAGGCUCAUGGAGCUACCUCUUACUCCUGGCGUUACCUUUGGACCUGGAGCAGCUGACAUGCUCCACCGGGCCAGAGAGUCUAGGGUGUCAAAGAAGGAGUGGGAGUAA